AUGAAGAAGAAAGUUUUGACAUUUCCAUCUGAAAAGAUAGGUUUCUCGUCUGAUAAUGAAGAAUUUGAUCUUGUGAUGGCCCGAGGAGACUAUCUAGCAAAGAAUAAAAGCCAGAAAUACAUGAUUAUCGACAUGCUGGGAACAGGAACCUUUGGACAAGUUGUCAGGUGCGUUGGCUCUGAUGGAGAGGAAGUCGCAAUUAAGGUAGUAAAAAAUCAGCCGAAAUACUACAACUACGAGAUGAACGAGGUCCGGAUUCUCCAUAAACUGCUGUACAACAACUUAAAUGAUAGAUUUGUAACCAUUAAGGAUGUUUUCAUGUACAAGCAGCACCUCUGUAUUGUCGAAGAGCUACUAGGCAGGAAUCUGUAUACAUUUUUGAAAAUGACAAGGUUCAAGGGCUUGGACCAUCCUACCCUCAGAACCAUACUUCAUCAGAUACUUGAAGGAAUGGUUCAGCUUUCACUGUUGGGAAUCAUUCACUGUGACCUGAAGCCUGAAAACAUCCUGAUAGCGGAUUAUGACACCUUCAAGAUAAAGAUCAUCGAUUUUGGAUCGGCCGUCACUUCUCCCCAGGGGUCCCACUUUUACGUUCAGUCAAGAUACUAUCGCGCCCCAGAGGUUAUCCUCGGGAUUCCAUAUGGAUCGAGUUGUGAUAUAUGGUCUCUUGGAUGUAUAGGAUAUGAAUUAUAUGUUGGGCAUCCGUUGUUCCCAGGUAAAGACAACAUGGAUCAAAUAGGAAGAAUUCAUGGGCUAUUUGGAUCCUUACCUAUGUUCAUGCUCGAGCACGGAAAGAACUCGAGCACCUUCUUUGAAAAAGAAAACGGAUACAGAUUCAUGGGACCACCAUCGAACUUUACUUUAGAGGAUAUGAAAAAAAUGAUCAGGUCGAAAGGCAAUUCAAAGGAAGAUGAUAACAUGCUCAUAAAGUUUCUACUGAGAGCACUGCAGCCCAGUCAUCUCAUAAGGCCAGAUGCCAAAUCACUAGCAAGCCACUCUUAUCUUAAGGUCAGGGACACAUCCGCUGAAGCCGAUAAGGCCUGUAACGAUCGUAGUGGAGUCCAGCAGAAUAUUUUCCCUGCAAACAAAAACAUGAGGCACAUGUCUACAACAGGAGUAAUUCUUCCUAGUAAGAAACAAAAGCCCACCGAUGACAGGAGGAAAAUCUCGGUUUAUGGAAUUUCGUAUGAGAACAAUCUAAAUAGAGACUCAGAAUGA